UCAUACAUGUAUGCAGCUUUUUUACUUUCCAUUAUAAAAUGUAAGAAAAAAGGGAUCAGAAAUGGGUGAUUAAAGUCUUCAGGCAUUUAAUGGUCAAGUUCAAUUACCUUAUAGAUUUGGAUUAAAAUGAAUACAAGUGUUAAUAUGGAUUAUGAAAGGAUUAGACAAAAAUAAUGAAUCCUAGAUUUGGCGUAGAGACCUGUACACUUUGCAGUCAUUGGAAAUAAAAAGUUUACAGACUGCAUGUAUAGUCUGAGUGUUUCGUAUAAAAAUCAUUGUCUAACAUGUGCUGGGAUUUUAAAGUUUUCAUUUUUUACUUGGUGUAAAUUGUGGUAUUUAAAAAUGGAAGGACCAAUAAUACGCCCAAACAAUAUUGUUUUCAAUAAUUCCGGGUUUGGCGAUUCAAAUAAAACAGGAAUGUACAAAAAAAAGUCUGAUAGCCCAACUGAAGACCAGCAACCGAAGCCCGCUAAAAGCCCGAGCAAGAGGCCAGAGGUGUGGGCUUCACCACCCAAGCCCCAGGGGAGCCCAGUUUGGGGUCAGGUCCUGCCAGCCCUCCAGGGUAGCUCCCCAGAGACCCCUACUGUAGGGAACUCGUCCCCCGUCGGCAAGAUGGGAGCUGCCAUGUUGGAGACGCCUCUGUCCUGGAAGAAGCGAGAGAGCCCAGCCGAUAGCGGCAUAGAAAUGACACCCAUCAGUAUGUCACCGCUGAAGGUCAAUCCAAAAAUUCGUACCAUGUACAACAACAGUCGACGGGAGGCUGAUGAGACCACAGAGUUCAGCAUCAACCCUGACCCAGUACCCUACCAGCCCUCCAACUUCAUGUCCUCUACCACCAUGAAAAAGGUUCCCGUUGCAAGGCGACACUUUGAUUCCUUCGGAACGUUUGAUUUCUUGAAAGAAAUUCCCAAACGUGGGGUCAUGCUUCACACAGACAGAUACCAGCUUGACUUUUCAAAAGCCUUUGAUGGUAUGAGUCAACGUGAGAGGCUACAGGCCGAGUUGGAGUACAUGGAGCGACUGCGGGGCAUCAAAAGACGCAGGGAGGUCCUGCCACACCGCGCACAGCUCGACCUCCUCAUGGGCGGCAAGAAAAUGGAGUUCGCAGAGAGGUUUGAAAUUCAGCGUGAAAUUCAGAAGUUAAAGUCCCUGAUCUUGCCACAGCAUGCCAAAGACCUGUUCCACGGGCGUGGGUUCACCUUGCCAGAGAACCACAACUCUGUGAAGCCCAGGAAGUUCCUUCCUGCUGACGUAGAUUAUGACGAUUAUGAACUGAGUAGUGCGUUCUCACCUGACAAAUAUUCGUUCAACCCGGAAACAGGGAGAGUUCAUCCGAAACAGCGCCAAUACCCCUUAGAACAAGGUGGCGCGUUACCCAAGAUAAAUAACAAAGGGUACUUGCUAGGGUCGGGUGGACCAAUCAUCCUUUCGAAGGAACGACGCACUGUAGAGAGUAUUAAAGCAAGGCUCAGAAUACCAACCAGUUCGUCCCAGCAGGCCUACAUGACACGGUCCCGGACAAACGUGACGUCGGGGCAGGUGAAACCUGCCGCGGGAAUAGCUGGCAGGAGUGUGACAGCCGGACACGUAAAGAAGGAAGUUACCAGAAACACAGCACCCGGGUCCAAGCCCGAGAUCAAGAUACCAGUGAGUGCCAGGGAACCAGAGGAGCUUGAGCUUGCACCAGUGGCCACACCCAUUGUUCCUAAGUCCACACCCUCUCAUACCACCCAUACUGAGAAACAGGAUGCUAUAGAAGAGGAGGAAGAAUAUAUGAUAGACGACUGGCCUGAAGUAGAAGACCUUGAGAAGCCCAGGGAUGAGGAAGCCCGUAGCGAGCCCAGCCAGUCCUCCAGGCCCGCGGCCACACCUAACCCUCUCAAGGGUGUGGAACUGCACAAGGCCAUGUCUGAGGAUGAGCAACAGAAGUUGAAGCAGACGUUCAACAAGCUGGACACUGACAAAGACGGGCACAUCAUGUUCAGCCAGUUGCAGACCCAGCUGCCUAAGCAGUUCAACCAGCACCAAGAGAAAUACAUCAAACAGGUCUAUGACAUAACGAGUUCAAACACAUUUUUUGGUGUUGACGAGUUUAUGACAAUGUCCUACCUAACAAAUGUCGUAACAGCACUUAGGGGGGAGCCACAGGAGGCCUAUACCAAACUGAACUUUCAUCAUUUGAAUGAUGUCAUCCUUAACUAUGUGGAGUUAUUCCAGUCUGUGGACCGAAGCCAUCGCGGCAAGAUCAGCCUGUCCUCGCUCCAGGAGCUGCUGAACGCGGCGCUGCAUCGAGACUUCAAGUCCGAGCCUCACAACUGGCUCAAGGUCGUCGACUCUCUCGAGCUGGGAGGUUCAGAAGACAUAGAUUAUGUCACAUUCCUAGCUCUAAUUCCGUAUUUUCAAUGGAUACCGAGUAAAACCUUUGACUGAGCCUGGGCUGAUAUCCAAGAUCGAGUUUUUAGCAUACAUUCCAUACUUCGAGCUGUCCCGAAGAAGAAAGUCAUCCUCAUAACAACGCAUCAUGUGUAGCUAAAUAGAUGUUGUUCACCAGCGUCAUAAUAAAACAUUGAGAGAAGCUAACACGAAUGAAUGAAACAUUUCUGUGCCAAAAUUGUGUGUUUUAAUACUGCAGGGGGUAAUUAAAAUUAAAGAACCAUAGUCAUGAAAAAACAUCAGAUAUAGCUACUGGUUAUACUGUAAAUAACUCUUGUGGUGACAAACCAUUGAUUGUCAUUUACUAGAGAAAACAAGCUUUCUAAAUUAUGGAAAAAUAUUGAGUUUAUAUGACUGGAACUAUGAUUAAAGAUAUCAACAUAGACACAAUCUAUCAAGUGUUGCAAGCAUCCAUUAAAAAGCCAGCUUGUCAAAAUCACCUGUAGUUAACUAGAAUAUGUCAUCCAUAGUAAUCGCUCUGCGUGGACGUGCAGCAAAUGUCAGAUUGAAAACUGUGUCAUUGUACUAACUAGAUUGCAAUGAGAAAUCCAUGCUACCUUUAGCUAAUUAGAGCAAACAAGCUUUCCUCAUCAAUAAAUUGUUGAUUAGAACGACUAGCUAGAUUGAGAACAGUUAGCGAGAUUGAAAACAGCUAGCCAAUUUGAAGACAGCUAGCUAGAUUAACAAAAUUGUCAUCAACUGAUGUGAAAGACCCCAUUUUGUAGCCAACUAUAGCAAGCAGGCCAUUUUCAUUAAGCAAUUGUUCAUUUAGAACGUUUAACUUAGCUUAUAAGAAAACUGUCAUCAAUUGGAUGGAGAGAAUCACUACCUCCAUAAGUGUGCUAACUAUGACCACUGCCUCUGUCGCUUAAGUUGUCUCCAAAUUUCAAAUUCUUUCAGUGUCCAUACUAAGUGUAUGCCAUUAGGGAAGGCAUGCUCUGUAAGACCGCUAUUGUUGUUGUUUCCAAUGACCAUUAUCAUAAUUUCCCCUAAAAAAAAUAUGACAUGAUGUCAAACCUAUAAGUGGUUGGCAUAGGCUAGGAGGGGUGUCAUGUGUUUGUGUUGUAAUGUGUCCUAAAUGUUUUUGGGUUUGCAAACUCUCAUAUUGUUAUUUGUUUUCUGGGUACAAACGUGUUUUUUGUUGUUGGGGUAAAAUGUUACGUUAUGUUUAAGUGCCCAAAGCAUUACUAAACUUUUCUGAAUGUGCGUAUGGCACAUUGCAAAAUCCCAUGGCAAUGCGCUUAAAUAGGAAGGUGUACUUGUAUGUGAUGCAUUGUCUUUUUAUAUAGAAUGAGUUUUGAAAAAUGUGUUUAAAAUACUGGUACGCACCAUUUUUCAUAGUAAAACCUAGACUGUUAAACAUCAUUAUUUGAAAAUUAAUUUGUCAACAAGUUUUAUUAGCUGUAGCCUGUGAUUAAAUGUUUGUUUGUUAAACCUAUACAUAAUAAUACACAUAUAAAUAAAAUGUUUGUUUUCAAA